AUGACUCGUUAUGUAGAAGCAGUUGAUCUUCUAUGGCUGAACAGUCUGUCAUCAGCUGAUAGCAUUCGUUUAGUUUGGUGUGAUCCAUGUCUAGAAAUAGAAUCUGAAACUGAAAAGAUUCUACGUGCAAUUGAUCCUAGUCUUGUACUUAUUACUGAUGUAUCGUUAUGUGAAACGAUUGUUAAAAAAGUUCAUCGUGACGAAUGUAAAUCGAUUUUUCUUAUUUUGUCUGGAUUGGUGGCAAACGAACUAUUAAAUCUUCUCACUCCUGAUGUACACACAAUUUUCAUAUUUUGUUUUAAUCAAACAAAGUAUCUAGAUUUAAAAAGUCGGUCGAAAAUUGAUAUUAUCUGUGAUUCUCCUUCAAUAUUGAUUGAACGCAUUACAUAUUGCUUGGAUUCUAUCAAACGUCUUUAUGCUUAUGAACAUGAGCAGCAAUCAGUACGAAAUCUUUCGAAAGAAACAGCCGCUUUCAUAUGGUUUCAUAUACUUCGCAACGUCGUUCGUCAUUUUGAAAAAUCUCCACAAGCUAAAAAUGAUAUGAUCGAACAUUUUCGAGAGUACUAUCAAGGGAAUCCAGCACAAUCAAAAAGAUUGGUAGAGUUUGCUGAGACCUAUGAAUCCGAUCACGCUCUAUGGUGGUAUACACAGCCCAGUUUCAUCUCAGAUAUUAUCAACAAGACACUUCGUGCUCGUGAUAUUGAUGGAUUGUUCAGCUUACGAUAUUGUAUUGUUGAUUUAUGUCAGUUACUCGACGAAUUACCACGUUUAACAGAACACUUGACUGUCCAUCGAGCUAUGCUCAUGGAUCGAGACAAAUUUGAACAAAUGAAAGAACAUAUGAAUAAAGGUGAUCUUGUGUCUACACGUGGAUUCUUAUCAACAUCAAGAGAUCGAAAAAUGGCCGAAAAAUUUGGAUUCAAUGAUAGUGGUGAUCCAAAUAAAGUCGAAAUUAUAGACGAAAUUGAUGUUCCGGUUGGCUUGAAACGUAUUGUGUGUGGUGAUAUUUCAAUUUAUAGUCAAUUUCAGGAAGAAAAAGAAAUUUUGUUUGACCUUGACUCAAGUUUUGAAUUUGUUGAAGUUCUAGAAGAUCCAGAUAAAACCGACCGUUGGAUUAUUCGACUUGAGGCAAAUGAUCGCGGUGCUCUGUUAGCUGACAAAUACGUAACAGACAGUAAUCGAGAGCUGACAGAGUCAUCGGCCGAAAUCUUGUUUGGAAAAUUACUUAUUAAUAUGAGCGACGCCGACCAAGCCAUUAAAUAUUUUCAACAACUGUUGAGUCAAUCAAACGGAAGCCAAAAAUGUAAGUUCAAACGUCUAUCGGCUAUGAUUCAUUUCUUAGUCUUGACAAAUACUCGACUCUGUUGAAUAUUUAGCUCAGAUUGAGUUGAUUUGGGCUGGAAACAAUUCAAUAUUGUGCGGUGGAGCUUUUCUCUAUCCUUAGUUUAGGGGUGUUGGCAUUUCCGUUCCUUAGUAUUCCGUUCCCAGGAACGGGAACGCGUCUCAAAAUUGCAUUUUCCAGCUUUGUUUCAAUAUGGCGAGAUUUUUAAAUAUGUUCGCUUGUCUUUUUAUGUUUGGAUGUUCGGCGUUCCCCGUUCCUAGGAACGGAACGCAAAAGUGGCAUCCCUACUUAGCCCAUCGCGACUGUUGGAGAGUAUUUUAGAUAAGUACCUUACUGAUCACAUUUCCUUCAAAAACAGAUAGAACACCUAUAUGUUUUGCUUUCAUCUUAUUUCUUCUUUUUCUAUGUUUUUUUAAAGCGAUCUUUCUUAUCCCUCUAUUGACUGAAAAUGUUUACUUAUCAUUGUCGUUUAAAUUAUCUUUCAAAACAAACUGAGAAGUUUGAAUGAAAAUUUCUUAAAAAAUUCCAUCAGAAACGCGGAUUCAAUAGAAGUAAAAUCAUUCUCGAGUUAGUUGAACUCACCAGAUGUCCGCCGUGCCAAGGAUAUAAUGCUGUUGUAAAAUCUCAACAACUAAGGUGACAUCAUAUAGACUUCGGAUCGUGUUGCAUUAAGUGUCUGACUUUUUUGGUUGUAAAAUUUCCAAUUUAGGGCUCUUUUGUCUGAAUAUAUGCCACAUCGCAUGUAGACAUAAUCAUGUGUUUUCGCUCCUAUUAUUGCAAAGUCUUGCAUAUUGGACUGCAGUCUCGGAAGCCUUUUGGAAUCAUUCGAGUAUCGAUCCAUAGGCUUUUGAAGCUAUGAAUAGUUGCACUCUAAAAUUAAAAACACUUUGAAAAAUAAUGCAGUCUUUAGGAGCCUACACAAGAGAAAAUCCAGUUUUCUAAUGUGAGACAUUCAGUUUUUGAUUGAAACAGAUAAUUAUAAGUGAGUGUUUUUCAAGACCCAUAUUUUGGCGACGGAUUCUGAUAAUGAAAAUUAUUCUCUUCUACAAUUUGUUGAAGUAAACCUACUUGAACUAGGUGAUCCUCAUUAAUAUCUAAAAAGUGAAUUCGAGCAUUUCAUAUAAAACAAACGUUUACAAGUUUUAUCAGGAUAUAAUUGGAUCAGCAAAAGUCCUUGUCUUUAAUAGUAAAUAUGAACUAGAUAACCUUCAUGUAUAUUCUUUUCAACUUUCUUUUACCAUUCAGAUUACUUCAGCUUUUACAAGAUGAGCAAAGAAUUACAUAUAAGUAAUUUCACGAGUGCGAAUCAAAAUUAGGGGUGGCACUUAAACUUUAAAAAAUCCGAGUUAAAGUGCCACCUGUAAUCAAAAUAUCCGCACUCGUUAUUGAAGUUUGAAUGAUUUUUUUAUCGGCCUCUGUAUCGAUCAAUUUGAAUGAUCUGUUAGUCUUUUAUAUUGGGAUUACUUUGUGAGCACAAGCAUUGGUUCUUAUUUCAUAUGAUCAAUACAACUAUCAAAUGCUGUUUUCUUUUAUCAUGUAGAUGAUUUAACAGUUCUAUCACGAAUCAAUCGUGGUUUAGCAAUGAAUAACAUUGGUCAUGCUUGGUAUCAAAAGGGUGACUAUCAGCGCGCGCUUCAAUGGUUCG